AUGCCUGCAUCCCUCAGCAGAUCGAGUUUGGGUCCAGUGGCAGAUUCAGUCAACUCGGAGACCUUCUGGUACUGCGUAACCCAGACGACAUGGCCUGACGCUAUUGACAUUUUAACCAUCAUUCUGGAGAUAUCGGGCCUCCUUUUGAAUAUCCUUGCUGCCAUUCUCCUCCUUCGUGUCACUGAAGGUAACAAAGUGAGCAUUGUCCUUCUUCGGACCAUCUUCUUCAACAACAUCAUCGAUGUAGUAAUCAAGUUGUUGGGUGAUGUCACCCCGUCACGCGUUGAAUUUAGCAUUGUGGAGAUAAAUUACGCCAUUUGUAUGAUCUGGGAUUCACGAUUCCUCUACUGGCUCUUCAAUAAAUUUUCCAUUGAAGCCUUCGUCUUCUUCGCUGUUGAUAGAGCUCUCACUCUAGACGGUUCUCAGUCCCUUCGGUUUGUACCCGUGGAGUCGCGUCUCACACUCUAUCAAUCCUGUAUCUACAUCUACGGCCUCCUUAUCACCGUUCCCCAAUUCUUCUCCGUCAAUCUAGAAGAAGGUGGAUGCUCAUGUGCUCCCACUACGGUAAAUAUACCCUUCCUAGCCGCCAUUUACGCGCAUGUCUUUAUUCGAUUUGCUCUCCUCGUUGUUUUGAAUGGUGUAAUCGUACUGUACUGCGCCGCUCGAGUGAUUCACUGGGUCAAACAGACACCUGUCAAGCAUCAAGUUGAUGAACUCAACUUCCUUUACUUUAAAAAUCCCUCAGAGGCGGAAUUGAAGCGCCUAGAGGCUUUGCACAGUUGGAGAACUCCCUCUAUGUCCAUCCUCCCGCUUGGUAUAUGCUUCAUUAUUACUUUCGGUUUUGACGCGGGCUAUCAAUUUCUCAGUGGCACUGGAUUGACAACCUAUGUGAUUGGUGGAGCUGUGCAGAGGAUGGGAACUUUCAUGCUCCUCGUGUUCACCAAUUUUUUGCCCUUGAUGUUGAUGUUCGUUCUACCGGUUCUACGUUUCUGGGUGGAGGAUACAUUUGAAGCGUUGGAAUCCCGGUUUGACCUGAGCAACCCUCUGCAAUUGCAGAUGACCCUUACCCCUCAAUGUGGGAUAGGGUUGCCUAGUUGCCUAGUCAUUAAUCUGGGUUCCGUUCAGCACCUAGGGGUGGCCCAAGUGGCAUCAGCUCUUCCCAUAUUCCCCGUCUCUUCAAGCCACUACCAUUGCAGUCAGAAGGCUGGUAAGAAUGCCGAACACCGACGCCACCCUAACCCUUCCUCCGAUUCCAUUGACAAGGCAUCGGAGAUGCUGGAGGGUGAUAUCUUAGAGACGAGAAAUCGUCUUGAAGUACCGCCGUCGAUGAAUUUGGAGAUCUUCUUACUGCGAUAA